AUGCUUGGCGAAAUGUUCGCGAGUUCAAUCGAACCAUGUAACGUGGUCGCACAACAUUUUCCCGCCAUUUAUUCGACUCUCUCGUCCCAGAGCAUAAAGCAGCCUUGGGCCAUUUCGAAGCAAGGCACAGGCAGAGGAACGGGCGUGGGCACAGGUACAGGCACAGGUGCGGGCACGGGCACAGGCACAGGCGUGGGCACGCCCACAGGCACGGGAGCAGGCGCGGGCACAGGUACGGGCAGAGGCGCGGGCACGGGCACAGCCACCACGGGGUUGGGCGUGCGGUUGGAGCAGGUGUGGAGAGGUACUAGGAGUCACGCUUGCGGCAGGGGCAGGCGGCGGGCGGUGUGGUGGAGUGACGAGCAGACAAUCGCGCUGCUGAAGAUCAUGCGCGGCGUGGUGCGCGCUCAGGGCUCCCCCCUCCCCGGCAAGAUCGAGGACUGGGGGGCGGUGCACCGCGAGUGGUUGCGGCGGGGGUACCCCAGGUACUCGGAGGAGCAGCUUAGAAUCCGGUGCAGAGUGGUGCGGGGGUGGGUGAAGGACAUACAGGCCCUCCAGGCGAUGCUGCCGCCUGAAGUCAAGUGGGACCCCACGACUCAGUACUUUGAUCCUGACCCCAAGCUGGGCAUCAUUCCCAAGCUGAGGCAGCACCCGCUGGCGCGGAACUACCUGCGGUGGUGCAGCCACGUGGCUCCCUGGCUGCCCCUCGCCCUGCUCUCCACCCACACCUGCCCUGCUGAGAACGUGCAAGGGGAGGUGCCGUGGGGGGAGGAGGAGGAGGAGGAUGAGGAUGAUUGGGAGGAUGAUUGGGAAGAGGAGGAGGAUGAGGAGGGAGAUGGGGAGGAACAGGGAGAGGAGGAGGAGGAAGAGGGAGAUGAUAGGGAAGAGGAGGAUGAUGAAGUGGUGGAGGGUGUGGCGGGGAGAGGGAUCGGGAGUGAUGGGGUUGGAGCUGCACAGGGGAAUGGCGGGAUUGGCCAUCCAGCUGACGCUCCACAGGCCAAUGGCGUGCAUCGUGCUGAGGUGGCACGAAACAAUGUCACUUCUUCUGACGGUGCUCGUGCUGACGUGGCCCAUGCUGCUGACGUGGCUGGUGCAAGUGAGGAUGAGAGGGACGACUACCCUGCGAGGCUGGCAGCGCGGAUCGCUGGCAUGGUGGCGAGCAGGAGGGAGCCAGGCGGCACUGAGAGGAGAGGGGUUGACGGAGGAGAGGUUGGGGAUGGAGGAGAUGGAGGAGGAGGGAAUGCAAGUGCAUGGCAGGAGAUUCGGGUUCAAGAGGGGCAGAAUCGAGUGGGGAGGGGUGUGAAGCGGUCGAGGCCGGUGUGGAUGCAGGUGAGGGAGAGGAAGCGGCAGCGGCGGGUGAUGGAGAGUGUGGCGCGUGCCCUCACCACGUUCAGGAGCAUGGCGGAGAAGGGGCAGCCGCACGUGCAUAGAGACGCGGUGGCGGACAGCGUAUUCAAGUCGGUGCAGGCAGUGCAGGCGCUGCCCUCGCUGACGGACGCGCAGCGCGUGGCGGCCAUCGACGCCUUCCUGCAGCGCCCCCUCGACGCCCACGCCUUCCAGGCCAUGAGCCCCGCCCUGCAGACGCUCUUUGCCCGCCGCGCCCACGCCCACGCCGUCGACCGCCAGCUGGCAGGGAUUCAAGGCACCGCUGCUGCUGCCGCUGCUGCUGGGGGGAACGCCGGCUUGGUGGACCAGCAGCUUGCGGGGCUGUCGGGUGUGGCUGCCGGUGUCGGUGUGGUUGGCGGGGGAGGGGGGACGGGGGGUUUGGGUGGGGGUGUGGGGGGAAUGGGUGCUGGAGGAGUGGGAGUGGGAGGGGCUGGGGUGGGGGCGACGGGGUUGGGGGCAACUGGAGGAGGGACGGGAACAGCGGGGGUGGAAUCAACGAGAGUGGGUAUGGGGGUUACAGCGAUGGGCGGGACAGGAACAGGGGGAAUGAGGAUAGGGGAAACGCGUACCGGGACAAGAAAUGCUGGUCAAGCACCAGUCAACGCUGGUCAAGUAGCAGUCAACGCUGGUCAAGCAGCAAUCAAUGUUGGUCAAGCAGCAGUGAAUGCAGGAGGAGGGGCAGUGGGUGUGGGUCAAGGCAGAGCGGAUGUGGGAGGAGGGGGAGGAAGGGGAGCAGGGGGGGGGGGGGGAGCAGGGGAAGGAGGGGUUUGGAGGGAAGCAGCGAUUGUGGGGCUGCCAUUGGUGGAGCGGCUGCUACAGGGCCAGGCGAAGGAAAGAAGCAGUGCAGUGGCGAGGGGAGAGGGGGAGCAGGGAGGGGAGCAGGGAGGGGAGCAGGGAGGAGAGGCGAGAGGGGAGCAUGGGGGGGAGCAAGGAGGGGGGCAGGGAGGGGAGAAGGGAGGGGGGCAGGGAGGGGAGAAGGGAGGGGGGCAGGGAGGGGAGAAGGGAGGGGGGCAGGGAGGGGAGAAGGGAGGGGGGCAGGGAGGGGAGAAGGGAGGGGGGCAGGGAGGGGAGAAGGGAGGGGGGCAGGGAGGGGAGAAGGGAGGGGGGCAGGGAGGGGAGAAGGGAGGGGGGCAGGGAGGGGAGAAGGGAGGGGGGCAGGGAGGGGAGAAGGGAGGGGGGCAGGGAGGGGAGAAGGGAGGGGGGCAGGGAGGGGAGAAGGGAGGGGGGCAGGGAGGGGAGAAGGGAGGGGGGCAGGGAGGGGAGAAGGGAGGGGGGCAGGGAGGGGAGAAGGGAGGGGGGCAGGGAGGGGAUGAGAGGGUGGGGACGGGCAGUGCAGCCUGUGCAGCAUCGUGGCUGACCUCGUCAAAGAGCUGGGGGGAGGCGCUGCUGGGGGAGGCGCUGCUGGGGGAGGGGGGUGCUGCUGGGGGAGGGGGUGCUGCUGGGGGAGGCGCUGCUGGGGGAGGGGGCGCUGCUGACCUUGCCAAAGAGCUGGGGGCGCGUGGUGAUGAGGGGGGGCAGGGCAAGGAUCUGGGCGCACCUGGCGAUGCGGUGCGCACUGGGGGCGAGGUGGGGGGCACUGAGGUUGAGAUGUCUGGUCCGAGAGGGGAGGAGGGCGGGAAUGCUGUUGGAGGGGCAGACGGGGCAGACGGGGUGGUCAAUGCAGCUCAACGGGUGGGUUUGAGUGGAGGGGAAGAGUUGUUGCUUUCAGGCCAGAAUGUGAGUGCUGGAUGGGAUAUGCGUGAGCAGGAGGAGGUGAGUGAGGGGACAGGAACUGUAUGUGUGAGGGAUGAUGGAGUUAUUGUGUUUGAAGUGGGAGACUUGAGUAUGGGGGAGGGAGGAGAUGUGACUCUGGGGGAAGGGGAUGUGGCUACGGGGGAAGGGGAUGUGGCUAUGGGGGAAGGGGAUUUGACUGUGAGGGGAGGGGAUGUGACUGCAAGGGGAGGGGAUUUGAGCAGUAAGGAGGGAGAGACACGUGGGAAGGAAGGAGAUACGAAUGGGAAAGAAGGCGAGACGAGUGGGAAGGAGGGAGAGAAGAGUGGGAAGAAGGGCAAGACUAGUGGAAAAGAGGGAGGGGCGAUUGGAAAGGAGGGAAAGGCGAGUGGGGAGGGGGGAGAGACGAGUGGGAAUGAGGGGGAGACAAGUGGGAAGGAGGAAGAGACUAAUGGGAAGGCGGGAGAGAUAUGUGGGAAGGAAAGAGAGAUGAGUGGAAAUGAGGGAGAGGCGAACGGAAUGGAGGGAGAGACAUGUGGAAAGGAAGGAGAGACGAAUGGCUUGGAGGAAGAGGCAAUUGGGAACGAGGGAGAGAUGAAUGGGAAGGAGGGACAGACAAGCGGAAAGGAGGGAGAGACGAGUUGGAAGGAAGCAGAUGUGAGUCAAAGGAGGGAGAGAUGA